UUCAACGCCAGAGAUGCACCGCCGGCAUUUUAAUGCACCUACGUUCGGGUAAUGUCAAGAAGAGCGCGGUUGAAAAUCAUACUCGCAAAUCCACUAGUACGAUGCCGGAUAAGAAGGACCAGGGUGCGCCCGCACAAGAUAUGUGCAGCAUUAUUGCCCAGCUGACCGCGCUGCUCGAGCAUCAGACAAACAUAACUCCAGCAGCCAGUUUCCAUUUGCAGCUCGCUGUGCCUACAUAUGAAGGGCACACAGAUACGAAAUCGGUGGCGGACUUCCUUCAGGAAAUGGAAGAUUACCGCAAUGCGCAAGCCAUUACGGAUGACGUUCUUCUUCAGCGCGUUUUGCCCGUCGCCCUGACUGGGUCCGCCGCCCGCUGGCGUCGUCGCCAGUCAUUCCAGAGUUGGGCGCACUUUGAGCAGCUUCUGCGAGCAGAAUUCCUGCCCCCCGACUACGUUGUCCGCAUAAACGACGAGCUUCGCGCCCGUAGUCAGGCGGAGGGGGAAAGCCUCCAAGAAUACAUACGGUCCUUUCAGGAGCUUUACGAGCGCGCAGACCCUUCAGCACCUGAAACAGAAAGAGUCACCCGGGCAAUCCGGCAAUCUCACCCACGCUUCCAGGCUUAUCUAAGGGGCCGCACCUUCUCUUCACUUGACGAUCUCGCCCAAGCGGCGUCCGAUAUUCAGGCGGCGAUGUUGGCAGAGCUAACUUACCAGCCUCCACCCCCGCCUCAAGCCUCCCUAGAACCGUCUUGCGCGUGGCGCGGUUCUGCAUUUGCAAGCCCGGGGGAUAUCGUACCGCCUCCAAGGGCGCUGGAUCCAUUUAUUCACCGCACCCUUGCCACCCAGGUACCUUUCCGGCCUCCGGUCCGGGAACCUGCAACAACGUUGCGAGGCACUCGGGGCCGCAGCAGGCCUGUAGCGGCUGCCGCCCAAUCAGGCGCAGAAGAUACACGCAGGAACAUUCCAGUCUGCUUCCAGUGUGGGGGACGAGGCCACUACAAGAGCCAGUGCCCGAGCCCACCUGGCUCCCGCCAGCAGGGAAACGACGAGGGCCGGCGGUGGCUCCGGGACGCCCUCUCCGGCAGCAGCCGACCCUCACGCGGUGUUACUCGCAACAUCGAAGCAUCUUGCAGCGGCUGUCAAGCACCGAGCGGGGGCAGGCGUUUCCAAGACUACGAAAAGCCGGGUGUUUUGGUCGUCUCACCAUCCUGCUGUCACGGCGCUGAGCCGCGGACAACCUCGGCAGCGGAGCGGGGGACAGAAACAGCUCCUCACACUCAAAUCACCACCGGCAUCAACGGUAGUAGCUGUACCGGAAAGGUGUCACCCCCCCAGAUCGAAGGCCCAGGAUCUCGGACAAAUGGUGAGGCCUUUGCCGUCCACGUUCAGUCUUCUUGACGACCACCUUGACAAAACACCAUUGGUAGCGGUCAGAAUGGCCGGAAUAGAAGUACCUGCUAUUUUAGACACCGGCUCUGCCGUUUCCGUUUUCGGCGACCGUGUGAGAAGCGCCUGCGAGACGAAACGUCUACAGUUACGAAGUGUAAACACGACCCUUCGCAUGGCAUCCGCUCACGUUGCGUCCGCUACGUCAGCAGCCCGGUUAACGGUUACCAUGAAUGAUAAAAAAUUCCGGCAACGCUUCCUACACCUUCCAGGACUUUCUUGUCCCGUGAUUUUGGGCCGUAACUUCAUAGCCAAAGCAGGAAUCGUUCUCGAUCUGUCUAAAGGCACCUACCAGUAUGGCAUGCAUGCACAUCCACUCAAGUUCAUGAGUAAGCCAAGAGAACCACAGACAAAUCUGUUUUCCACCAAUAUAUCUGCGGUAUCCGAGACUGGUAGUGGUAUUCUCACUGUUCUGAAGUCCUUCACAGGAUCUCCGGCGGAGAAGACCAAAAUCGAGACAGCGCUUAAACCAUUUGCAGAAAUGUUCACGGAAGCUCCUGGCAGCGUUAAUGUGCUGACUCAUAGGAUAGACACCGGAGGCGCCCGCCCAAUUCGUUUCAACCCGCGGCCCCUGAGCAUCCACAAGCGAGCACUUCUUGAUAGUGCGCUAGACGAAAUGAUCGCUACCGGUGCAGUAAGACCGUCUAAGAGCCCCUGGGCAUUCCCAGUUGUACUAGCACCUAAGAAAGAUGGCACGGCGCGGUUGUGUGUCGACUACCGUCGGUUGAACGCUGUCACAGUUCGAGACUCGUACCCCUUCCCAUCAAUCGAUUCAGUGAUGUAUUCGCUUGGGUCCGCAAAGUUCUUCACUACUUUAGACUGCAGCAGGGGCUUCCUGCAAAUUCCGAUCGCCCCCUGCGAUAUUGCAAAGACUGCAUUCACUUGCCAUCGGGGACUGUUCGAAUUUGUCCGAUUGCCUUUCGGUUUGUGCAAUUCACCUGCAACCUUUCAACGUGUAAUAGAUAUUGUGCUUCAAGACGCCAAGUUCAAUUACGCAAUGGCUUACAUGGAUGACGUGGUAGUGUUCUCGAAUACCCUGGAGGAGCAUCUCCUUCACCUAACCACCGUCUUAAAACGAAUGCAGGCUGCAGGCAUCACCAUUAACCCCCGGAAAGUUCAACUGGUUUCGCCCAGAAUCAACCUCCUAGGUUUCAUCGUCGAGCAAGGCACAUUCCGACCUGACGAGGAGAAACUCCGGGCUAUACUGCAGCUUCCACCACCAACCGACGUCAAGAGCCUGCAGCGGUAUUUGGGCAUGGUGGGCUUCUACCGCCACUUUAUCCCCAACUGCGCUGACCUGGCAAGACCUCUCCACCAGCUCCUACGGAAAGGUGCCAGUUGGCACUGGACUGACGUGGAGCAGGGAUCAUUUCGGGCUCUGUCAUCGGCUAUCGCCGAUACCGCACGUCUGCUGCUUC